AUGAAAUCAAGUGUUUUAAUAGAAGAUUUGUCAUGCGAUUUUGAUGAUGGAACCUUUUGUCAGUGGCAAUCUGAUUCAGAUUUAUGGCUGAUUGGUUCAAACGUACUUACUAAUUUUAUUCAGCCAAUUCCACAUUUUACUGCUCAAAAUGGUCUUUAUGCAUACGCCAAAGGUGGACAAGGAGUAUCAGUCGAAGGACAUCUGAUAAGUACUGAAAUUGAAGAAUUCAAUAAUCAAGAAGCAAUACUAUCAUUUCGAUAUUGGAAGAGUAAUAAUUUUUGCAAACUGGACGUAUGUAUAGCAGACCGAAAUGCUUUUGUAUGUACUUUUUCAAGUCAAAAUGAGCUUAACAAAGAAUCACGCUGGAUUAAGCAAACGAUUACACUUUCGAAUAAAUUAACUACUCCUUUUAAGGUCAUAUUUCGUGCUCGAAAUAUUUAUACACCAUUAGAUAUUGUAGCGAUUGAUGACAUUGAAUAUCGAGUAAAUUUUUUCAAGAUUCAUGCAACUACGGUUUUAACAAAAUUGGAUGAAAUUCUGACAAAAGAGCAAGCCAGAAAAACUUCAUGUCCUGCUGUUAACUGCACGUUUAUUGAUACUUCAUGCCAGUGUUUGGAAGCCCCAUGGCAACAUUUGCAAGGUAAUAUAGCUGUGGAUAGCGAAGGUGAAGGUAUUGCUAGAAGUGGCUUUUUCAUGGUUCCCGCAGAAAGUUUUCUUCAAAUGGAUGUUUGGAUGGCUGAUAGCGCAAUACUUACUGUUUUGGAAGCUACUGCAAGUCUUGGAAAUUGGAUAACACUUUGGACACAAAGUGGACUGCCUGAUAGAAGCAAAUGGAAUCGGUUUCAGAUUCCACUUUUAGUGCAAACAGAAGCUAUUCAAGUCAUUCUAAAUGGAACAGUUCCUAUUAAUAGUUUUAUAACUGUUUCAAAUACCAAAUUAGUCAAUCGAAAUGGAAAUGAAAUUGGUUGCGGCAUAAAUUCACCGGAUAUCGAGAAAUCUCUUCAAAACAAUUUUUCUCUUAACAAACCAGAAAGAUUAAUAGCAUUUCAACAAUUCUACAUAAAUCAGGCUCGAUCCACGUCAAAAACAGCGCAAAAAAAUGUACUGCAAACGAAAACUGCAACUUCUAAAGAUGAGAUCACUAAAGGACAUGACCUUAGGGAUCAAAUAAGUGUUCCUAAGCCAUCAAUAAAUACACCACUUCUUAUAGAUAAUGAAAAAAGAUACAAGUCAUUAGCAAAAAACGAUACAAGCACACUUGAGCUAAAUACGCAAUUUCCGAGAAAACCUCCCAUUUACACUCGAUUACAUGAAAACAGUCUUGCAAAACAAAAAGCAUUCGAGAUUUUUGAUGACAAGUCGAAUUCUACAUCAAGUAAUGAUACAGUGAAAGAAUUAGGUGCAAUUUUAUCACAGAUUGGUAGGCAACCAUUGCUUGAGAUGCACUUACGUCAACUUGCGCAUUUGUUUAACUUCACGCAAAUGGAUGCUGAACAGGCUCUGAAAAUGUUGAAAAAUUUGGUAAAAUCAAAAGUCCCACAAUCUUCAGCUGCUAAAUUUUUUCAAGCAGAAAAUGAUAAUCUGGAACCGAUCAGACCUAUCAAUGCUCCACCACAAAUUGAAUUGGUUAAAUUUUUAGUAAACAUCUAAAA